AUGAGUAAGGUAGGAGACUCAAGCAAGAAGUUCCAUGUGAACUCAAGCGGCUUGCUGGGGGCAGAGUCGCUGGAAAAUUUGACUAGCUCACUGGAGAAGUCUUUUUCAGCUUCACCACGUACUUCCCCAUCGAGACCCCGUAGAGCUCGCAAAGAAGCACAAGCAUCGCCCUCUCUAGGGAUACAUCCCCAACCCCAAACUCCGACGGUGUUUAGUCCUGCUGCAUACGAAAUCUCCAAGAAGUUUGGCAAGUUCACAGAGAAAUUCAGCUUUGGCUCGCCGAGGAGCGCGGUGAGUAACUCGAACAACUCACCCGCCUCUCAAAAAAAUAAAUCCAGGCCUUUACAGAGCACCACGGUUACCUCCCCGAGGUUUCAAGAACCUUCGAAGUCGCCCCACAUAUGGAGUACGCCAACAUCGUCGCAGCAAAGCUCACCUCAAUCAAAACGCAAGAAUUCGAUACCAGACUCGUGUAUUUUCUGUGAUCUGCCCCUGCAAUCCAUGCUGCUGUACAAGUCAGAGAACAUGGACCCUGAGGGUAUCAUAGAGCUUAGGUGUCAGCACAGCUGCCAUGAGAAAUGUCUCCUGCUGGAGAUGGAAUUUGUCAAUAUAUCAAAGGUGCAGUCGUCGGCUUCGGUGGCCCCUGUACAAUUCCCUCAUUGUCCCAAAUGUCAUCAGAACGUGCGAGCGGUUCCUGCAUCCCAGGUAGUUGCCGACCAAAUGAUCACUAAUAUCUUGACAGUGCCUGUCAGGAAACCGGAGCCUGCACAUAGUAUUCAUUAUCGCCCGCCGAAUUCUCAGCCGGGCUCCAAUGGGUCCUCUCCACGGAUAACACAGCGCAAUAGGGCCGAUCAAUGGGUGCAUCAAAGACAUGCCAAAAAGCCUUCGCGAGGAUCUUCGAUCUCCGCUGUGUCCUCUAUCAUUUCAUCGGUAUCCGUCCAAACAGUUCCGGAGUCAAGCAGCACGACAACUUUGCCAUUGGGUUCUUCAAGGAUGAAGAGCUCGUGGACGAGCGAUUUCCCGAUAUAUCUCCUGCGGUCGAAGUUCAUUGGGGAGCUAAUAAUGCUACAGUCCCAAAAAUUCGAUACGGUUAGACUUAAUAAGCUAGCCGUGGACUCGUUCGGUGAUCUGCGUCUCGUUGACAAGUUGCAGAUAAGUGAAGACCUUGCGCUGUGGGAUGAGUGCUACUGCUACUUGUUUGAGCGCAUGUUCGUACUUGUGGAUUUGUGCGCUAGCACCAUCAAAACUUUUUCCGUGGACCACUCUUUGAAAUCUCAAAUCCCCUCGCCAACAGUGGUGAAAGUUCAGUUUGACUCUGAGCUGUUGUAUUUGAGCUGUUCGGAGGAGGAGGUUUUGGAAAAAUGGGGUGUGGCGCUGGCCAACCUCAACACGGAAUUUCCAAGCGGUUUGAUCACCACAACAGUGAAGGAGGACGAGUUCUACGAAAUACUGAAAUUUAACGAAACUGAAACGCCCCAGCAGCUUCCGCCAGGCGUGAACCCAAAAUUUUACGAAGCUACCAUCAACUCGCUCGUGUUCAGUCGUAAGCCGUGCGCAAUGAUUAUCGUCAUCAACCAACUAAAUCCCUCGCACCAUUCCUUGGUAUCCAUAAAGAACAUAGUACGCAGUCUAUUAAUGGUCAAGAUUCAGAUACACAUGGUAUUUACUUCUUCUUUGCAGUUGCGUUCCGAGUCGCAGGUGUUGAGCACGCUAAGCUUUGAUAGUGGGGCAGAUGAUGAUGAGAAGGAGAAUCUUUUCAGCAAGAUUGACGAGUACCAUAAGCUGCUAAACGAUGUCACUCCGACUGCUGACGAAAACAGGGUCCAUUGGGGGACCGACGACACUCUUUGUGCUACUUUACAGAACUUUAGAGACAAGUGUCCCCAUUCUGAGCUCGAGGACCUCGCUACCGUGGUAUUGUCGGUUACUCCGCUGAGCGAACUGAGCCGGCUCCCCACGUCGAAAAACAUUUUUGUUGAAAUAAGCACACCCCCAAACUUGAAUGGAUCACAUAGACGAUCAAGCGUUUUCAACGUUACCGGCUGGGAGGAUGCUAUGGAAGCUAUAUGCAGCUACACUGGGCUAGAAUUUGACGACAGUGACUUCGAAGAUACCUCUGACGAAAGUGACGAUGACGAGCGCCCGAAGCCAACAGGAAUUGGCGUUGACUUUUCCUCCAACCAGGCUAAGGAUGGACCAAGAUGGAGCACGCUAUUGAAAGAUCUAGACAAGGCGUUGGAGGAAACAAAAAAACACACUAGUAGAUAG